AUGAGGGUCGCUCAGGACAAGCUGCAGAGUAUCAAGACUGGUCUACACGGUGCUCAGGGUGUCUGCAUCUUCAUAGUGGGAUGCCUGGCCUUGGGUGUUCUCACCAAAGAUGGGGGGACAGGUAGUGCCAUAGGCUUCCUGUUCGGCCUGUGCUUCCUUAGCAUACCUGCCCUCAUCUACCAGAUUAUGGUGCCCAUGUGGUCCCGAGCAUCGCGUUUCGCCAAUGUCUACGCAUACACAGCCAUCGACCUUGCCUUCACGAUCUUCUGGUUCGCAGCCUUUGUAGCAGUCGCAGUAUGGAACAACAGUGGAAAUCAAAUCAAAGAUGAGAAAGAUCAGAAGCAGGCCUCUGGUACUGGCACAUGCGGCAAAUUUGCCCAUGGCAGUGUUGCGAAAUGCGAAGUGAGCAGAGCGAGUGCUGGUUUCGCGUUCAUUACGUGCUUGCUCUUCGCUGCAACAAGUGCACUGAGCAUCCUGAAUGUCAUCAAGCACCGGCGGCCAGGCGGUAUAAAACAGAGCAGGCCAAAAAGACUGCCGAUGGACGAGACGGCGAAGGAUAUCUGGAACACGAACACGGACGAGCUGGACCCGUCCCGUCAGUCAGAAGAGAACCCUUUCGACGAAAGACAUGCUUAUGGCCAGGUUUCUCAAAUUGAUUUGAACUGUGGCGGUGUAUCACCAAUCAACAGCAGCGAUGAUGUGCGAAGCGUGAGUGCUCAUCCUGGCCGCCCUCUCAGCUACGGUUCGUCGACGAAUCUGUCAAUCGCGCCACCAACAAUAUAUGUCGAGACGGAAGCGCCCAGUGCAUUAAGCCCGAACGGCUACGAGCAGACACCACGGGGGAGGUUCAGCUUCCCGAACGGCAAUUACAACGAGGCUUUCAGGUAG